UACGACUGAGAUUAGUUCUCCAUUUCAGCAUUCAGAUACCCAGAUUUCAUAUAGAGGAGUUCUGUUUAUUUCUCCAUAAAUUAAAUUUAGGUUUCCUUUGUUUUGUCAAUCCAAUUGCAUCCAAUAUAUGGCGACGGCGCUAAGCGACAUUGUGUUUCGUCUUAAUCAGACUUCAAGCGAUAUGAUUGAAAGACGUUCUCUCUUACGUCUUACAGACGUUUCAAGUCUUGCUGAAUUGGCGCAUAGAGAGUACCAAGCUGGUGAUUAUGAACGUGCAGAACAACAUUGUAUGCAACUGUGGCACCAAGACCCUGAAAACACAUCGACUUUAUUACUACUUAGUUCUAUACAUUUCCAAUGUCGACGAAUGGAUCGAUCAGCUUACUUCAGUCAACUUGCAAUCAAACAAAAUCCUCUGAUGGCAGAAGCUUAUUCUAACCUCGGGAAUGUCUUCAAAGAACGAGGACAACUGAAGGAAGCAAUUGACAACUAUAGACACGCAUUGAGAAUCAAGCCAGAUUUUAUAGAUGGAUACAUUAACUUGGCUGCUGCACUAGUCGCAGCCGGAGACAUGGAGUCUGCAGUGAAUGCCUAUGCCACAGCAUUACAAUACAAUCCAGAAUUGUAUUGUGUGCGGAGUGACCUUGGAAACUUACUGAAGGCUCUUGGACGCUUGGAUGAGGCGAAAUCGUGCUACCUAAAGGCGAUCGAGACCUGUCCAACUUUUGCUGUGGCUUGGAGCAAUCUUGGUUGCGUCUUCAACGCUCAAAACGAAAUAUGGUUGGCAAUCCACCACUUUGAGAAGGCUGUAACAUUAGAUCCCACCUUCUUGGAUGCGUAUGUAAACCUAGGAAACGUACUCAAGGAGGCCCGGAUAUUUGAUCGAGCGGUAGCAGCCUACCUGAGAGCUCUAACAUUAUCUCCAAACAACGCUGUCGUCCACGGGAACUUGGCCUGUGUUUACUACGAGCAGAACUUAAUCGACCUCGCAAUCGACACAUACAAAAGGGCGAUUGAAUUGCAGCCCAACUUCCCCGAUGCCUACUGCAACUUGGCUAAUGCUCUCAAAGAAAAAGGAAAGGUUUCGGAGGCAGAGGAUUAUUACAAUACGGCUUUGAGACUAUGUCCUACGCAUGCGGACUCACUGAACAAUCUAGCUAACAUUAAACGUGAGCAGGGGAAAGCUGAAGAAGCUAUACGGCUGUAUGUUCGAGCUCUAGAGAUAUAUCCUGAGUUUGCAGUGGCUCAUUCCAAUCUCGCCAGUAUGCUUCAGUUGCAGGGAAAACUUCAGGAAGCUUUGUUACAUUAUCGAGAGGCGAUUCGUAUAUCACCAACAUUUGCUGAUGCCUAUUCUAAUAUGGGAAACACGUUAAAGGAAUUGCAAGAUGUUCAGGGUGCAAUGCAGUGCUACCAAAGGGCCAUACAAAUCAACCCUGCGUUUGCUGACGCUCACUCAAACUUAGCCAGCAUCCUAAAAGAUAGUGGUAAUCUCGCGGAGGCCAUAACGUCCUACAAGACUGCACUUAAGUUGAAACCUAAUUUCCCAGAUGCGUUUUGUAACCUUGCUCACUGCUUACAAAUUGUGUGUGACUGGUCUGACUACAAGCAUAGAAUGAAGAAACUCGUCUCCAUGGUUCAGGAUCAAUUAGAAUCCAACCGCCUACCAUCUGUGCAUCCGCACCACUCUAUGCUGUAUCCACUGACACAUGAACAGCGUAAAAAGAUAGCCGGAAAGCAUGCCUCUCUCUGUUUGGAGAAGGUUUCUCUGUUACACCAUCAACCGUUCAGGUUUGCCAAAAAGUUACCUGCUGGUCAGCGCUUGAGGAUUGGGUAUGUUAGCUCCGACUUCUGUAAUCAUCCGACUAGCCACUUGAUGCAAAGCAUUCCUGGUUUGCACGAUCGAACAAAAGUUGAGGUAUUUUGUUACUCGCUGGCACCAGAUGAUGGCACCAACUUCCGAGCCAAGGUGGCGAAUGAAGCCGAACACUUUAUUGACCUGAGCGGAAUUCAAUGUCACGGGAAGGCUGCUGAUAAGAUCGCUAGUGAUGGGAUCCAUAUCCUACUGAAUAUGAAUGGCUACACGAAAGGUGCUCGUAACGAAAUAUUUGCGCUAAAACCCGCACCCAUUCAAGCUAUGUGGUUGGGUUAUCCGGGCACAAGUGGUUCGACGUUUAUGGAUUACAUAAUUACAGAUAUGGUCACGUCACCUCUCCAACUUGGUCAUCAGUACUCUGAGAAGUUAGCUUAUAUGCCCAAGACAUUCUUUAUCGGAGACCACCAGCAAAUGUUUCCUCACUUACGCAAUCGGGUAGUCCUAGAGAGUGCUGAAGACGCUACUGCUGGUCGUCGCGUGAUGGACAAUUCUAUCGUGGUCAGCGGUCUGGAUAUCAAACCCUUGCUGCAAGUGGCUUGUGUACGUGAGGUCAACUACGGAGGGCGCUUGUUUGAGGUCCACGGUAACCAACGGAAAGAAGUAUCUUAUUUUGUGAAGCUGACUGUCUUAACUAUUCCUUCCUUACAACCUAUUCAAAAUAUGAUACGCACGAAUAGCCCCUCCUGUACCAUCAAUGGCGUGGUCAUUCACAAUGGCUUGGUGACACAGCAAACACAGUCGAAAGCCUCAGCUGGUGAGGAAGUGCCGCGUGACCUAAUACUAACCUCUAGACAACACUACGGCUUGCCGGAGGACGCUGUUGUAUUUUGCAACUUUAAUCAACUGUACAAGGUUGAUCCAUCGACAAUGCGGAUGUGGGUCGAGAUUUUAAAGGCUGUUCCUAACAGUGUACUAUGGCUGUUACGUUUUCCAGCAGCUGGAGAAGCUGGGGCACUUGCGGCAGCCUCGGAAAUGGGUCUUCAGCAAGUCAACCGUCGUAUUCUUUUCAGUAAUGUUGCACCCAAAGAGGAGCAUGUUAGGCGCGGUCAGGUUGCCGAUGUCUGUCUGGAUACGCCUUUGUGCAAUGGACACACUACUGGGAUGGACGUCUUGUGGGCUGGUUGUCCUGUGGUCACCCUUCCUCUUGAGACUUUGGCCAGUCGGGUCGCGGCAAGUCAACUUCAUACCUUGGGGUGUCCUGAGCUUGUAGCUAGCAAUCAAGAAGAUUAUAUUCGCAUCGCAACUAAGUUGGGGAACAAUCGGGAAUACUUGCAGGCAAUGCGGGCCAAGGUUUGGAAGGCAAGAGAGUCAUCACCGCUUUUCAGCUGCCGUAGCUACGCUGCCGACCUGGAGGCUUUGUACUACCGAAUGUGGCAACAGUACGAGGCCGGCACAAUAGACCACAUCGUAGAGUGGCCCUCAAAGUCCAACAAGGAGAACGCCUAGUUUGCUUAAUGUGUUCUUUUCACCUGUAAAUAUAUCAUUUAUUAUCAUC